AUGCAGCAAAAUCCAAAUCCGAGCGGACACCAGAGCAGCAAGCGCGGGACCGUCGGAAAAAGAAAAUCCGUCCAUAACGAGGACCUCCAGCAGAGGAAUAUCUCGGAGCUUUUCUCGAGCAGCAACAACAAUCCACACUCGUCGUCGUCGUCAGCAGCGAAACGCCUUCGAACGUCGAUUUCCCCCAGCAGACCGAGUCGCAAGAACCUGAGUUCAGCAGAUAAGAUGUAUAACUUUUCGACGAGUUCGGAGUCUCCCAAGGCGGCUGAGAAGUUCUCAAGGAAGAUUGGCGGGCCUACUGUUGUGUCGCGGCCGAGUAACUUUACGCCACAUACAGGUGCCAAAAGACUGGUUGUCAAGAAUCUUCGCUUGGGGCCACGGCUGAAUCAGGAUGAAUAUUUUGAUAGUAUCUGGAGUCGAUUAUCGACUGCAUUGGACACGAUAUUCGACGGAGGAAAGCCCGCGACCUCGCUGGAGGAAUUGUAUAAAGGCGCUGAGAAUGUUUGUCGCCAAGGUCGAGCGGCAAUGUUGGCAAAGAAGCUGCAGGAGCGGUGCAAAACUUAUGUAGUCAACACUCUACGGCAGAAUAUGGUGGCUAGGACAAAGGAUGGCUCUAACGUCGAUGCAUUACGGGCCGUGGUCGAUGCGUGGGCAGCAUGGAAUACAAAGCUGGUUACGAUUCGAUGGAUAUUCUACUACUUAGAUCAGUCGUUUCUACUGCACUCGAAAGACUACCCCGUCAUCAAUGAGAUGGGAUUGAACCUAUUCCAGACCCAUAUCUUCCUUGACGAAGCGCUAAAGCCAAAGAUACUACAAGGCGCUUGCGAUCUGUUUGCCGCCGACAGAACGAGCAUCGGAGACAAGGUGCAGGCUGAUUCGGAUCUUCUGCGGAAAGCGAUUGCCUUGUUUCACGAUCUUGGUGUUUAUACCCGUCAUUUUGAACCUCUCUUCCUUUCUGAAUCAGAGGCUUUCCUCAAAUCAUGGUCGAAUAAGGAAGCAGAGGGCCAGUACAUUGGAACAUAUGCAGAGAAUAGUCACCGCCUUAUAGAACAGGAGUUGACUCGAUGUGAGCUAUAUGCAUUGAACCGAAAUACCCAGCAGAGUCUGUCGGCGCUCUUUGAUGAGUAUUUAGUUAGAGACAAAGAGGAUAUACUGUUAUCAGAGUCCGAUCUGAAGGGUUUGAUGACGACCGAGAACAAACACGCCUUGGAGCGAGUAUACUCACUGCUGGAACGCGUCAAGCUGGGUAACGGAUUGAAACCGGCGUUCAGCAAGUACAUUGAAGAGCAAGGAGCGACAGUGGUUUUUGAUACUGAGCGGGAGUCUGAAAUGGUAAUGCGACUGCUUAACUUCAAGCAACAGCUGGAUGAUACAUGGGCAGAAGCCUUCCACAAAGACGAAGCACUCGGCCAUACACUUCGCGAAGCAUUCGAGCAUUUCAUGAACAUGACCAAGAAAACGCAGUCUAGCUGGGGUACAGACAAUUCCAAGACUGGAGAAAUGAUUGCAAAAUAUGUGGAUAAUUUGCUUAAAGGUGGGCUGAAGGUGAUUGGGAAGCAAGCAGAGGACGCUGAAUUGGCAGACGAAGACACGGAGAUCAACAAGCAGUUGGACAAGGUUUUGGACUUGUUUCGAUUUGUGCAUGGAAAGGCGGUGUUUGAAGCUUUUUACAAAAACGAUCUCGCUCGGCGAUUGCUUAUGGGUCGAAGUGCCAGUGAUGAUGCAGAAAAGAGCAUGUUAUCUCGACUAAAGACGGAGGCCAUGUUUCGAGAUAUGGAUUUGGCCAGGGAUGAGAUGAGUUCUUACAACACUUACAAGACCCAACGCCGUGACCGAUUCAGCCUGGAUCUUUCGGUCAAUGUACUGUCGGCUGCUGCAUGGCCUACGUAUCCAGACGUCCCGGUUCGGAUUCCACCGGAUAUUGCCCGAGCCAUCAAGGACUUUGAACAAUACUAUCAUACCAAACACAAUGGACGGAAGUUGAGUUGGAAGCAUCAAUUGGCGCAUUGCCAGCUCCGGUCACGAUUUGAUAAGGGCAACAAGGAGAUUGUUGUCAGCUCGUUCCAGGCCAUUGUGCUGCUGUUGUUCAAUGACGUAUCAGAGGGGGAGACCUUGAGCUACAACCAGAUCAAAGAAGCCACAGGGUUGUCUGAUCGCGAACUCAAACGAACGCUGCAAUCAUUAGCAUGCGCCAAGUAUCGAGUACUCACCAAGAAACCAAAAGGCAAAGACGUCAACGAUACGGACGAAUUUGCGUACAACGGCGCCUUCCAAGACCCCAAGAUGCGCAUCAAAAUCAAUCAGAUCCAGCUCAAAGAAACCAAGGAGGAAAACAAGACGACGCACGAACGAGUGGCGGCGGACCGACACUACGAGACGCAAGCGGCGAUUGUGCGUAUCAUGAAGAGUCGCAAGACGAUUACACAUGCGGAGUUGAUUGUGGAAGUAAUCAAGGCGACUCGCAGUCGUGGUGUGUUGGAGCAGACGGAGAUUAAGAAGAACAUCGAAAAACUCAUUGAGAAGGAAUACAUGGAGCGUGAGGAGGGGAAUCGGUACAGCUAUAUGGCAUAG